ACCAAGCCUGCAUCCUGUGUCUGCCUGCUCAACAUUUGUCUACAGACAGGAAGACCUUUCUUGUCCCUGACCGAAGCUCUCUGAGGCCGGCAGCGGCUGUGGAUGUCCAGGGAGUUCAGGCGGGUCAGCCAGAUGAGUGGGGAGUGGGUGCACCCAGGCCGGACCCUGAUCUGGGCUCUUUGGGUUGUUGCAGCUGCCAUCGAGGGGCCAGCUGCAGAGGCACCAGUGAGAAACACCAGGCUGGGAUGGGUCCGAGGAAAGCAAGCCACUGUGCUGGGAAGCACCGUGCCUGUGAAUGUGUUCCUCGGGGUCCCCUAUGCUGCACCCCCUUUAGGACCCCUGCGAUUUGCGAAACCAAAGCCUGCUUUGCCCUGGAAUGACUUCCGAGAUGCCACAUCCUACCCUAAAUUGUGCCUCCAGAAGGCAGAGUGGCUGCUCUCGGAUCAACACACUCUCAAGGUGCAUUACCCCAAAUUCGAAGUGUCGGAAGACUGCCUGUACCUUAACAUCUAUGCGCCGGCCCACGCGGACUCUGGCUCCAAGCUCCCCGUCAUGGUGUGGCUCCCUGGGGGUGCCUUUCAGAGCGGCUCAGCCUCCAUCUUCGAUGGGUCUGCCCUGGCCGCCUACGAGGAUGUGCUGGUCGUAACCAUCCAGUACCGGCUAGGGAUGCUUGGCUUCUUCAACACAGGGAACCAGCAUGCUCCAGGGAACUGGGCCUUCCUGGACCAGAUGGCCGCCUUAACCUGGGUCCAGGAGAACAUCGAGUUCUUCGGUGGGGACCCACACUCUGUGACCAUCUUUGGAGAGUCAGCGGGAGCCAUAAGUGUUUCUAGCCUUAUUCUGUCCCCCAUGGCUAAUGGCUUAUUCCACAAAGCCAUCAUGGAGAGUGGGGUGGCCAUCAUCCCUUACCUGAAGGCCCUCGAUGAUGAGAGGAAUCAGGCUUUGCAGGUGAUUGCGAAUAUCUGUGGUUGCAAUUCGUCAGACUCCAUGGCCCUGCUGCAGUGUCUGAGGGCAAAAUCCUCUGAGGAGUUGCUGAGCAUCAGCCAGAAAACCAAGUCUUUCACUCGAGUGGUUGAUGGUUUUAUCUUUCCCGAAGAGCCUCUAGAACUAUUGACUCAAAAAACAUUUAAUCCAAUUCCUUCUAUCAUCGGAGUCAAUAACCACGAGUGUGGCUUCCUGCUGCCCAUGAAAGAACUUCCUGAGAUCCUGGAGGGCUCCAACAAGUCUCUCGCUCUGCACUUGAUACACACAAUCCUGCACGUCCCUGUCCAGUAUUUACACCUUGUGGCUAACGAAUACUUCUACAACAAGCACUCUCUGGUUGAAAUACGAAAUAGUUUUCUGGACCUGCUUGGAGAUGUGUUCUUUGUGGUCCCUGCACUGGUCACAGCUCGAUAUCACAGAGAUGCUGGUGCACCUGUCUACUUCUACGAGUUUCAGCAUCGGCCCCAUUUCUUCAAGGAUGUGAAGCCAGCUUUCAUCAAAGCCGAUCACACCGAUGAAAUCCGUUUUGUCUUUGGAGGUGCCUUCCUGAAGGGUGACAUUGUCAUGUUCGAAGGAGCCACAGAGGAGGAGAAGGUGCUGAGCAGGAAGAUGAUGAGAUACUGGGCUAACUUUGCUCGGACCGGCGAUCCUAACGGGGAAGGUCUGCCUCUGUGGCCGGCCUAUAUUCAGACCGAGCAGUACCUGCAGCUGGACUUGAACAUGAGCGUGGGACAGAGUCUGAAGGAGCUGGAGGUGGAGUUUUGGGUGGAUACCCUCCCCCUGAUAAUGUCCACUUCUGGAGCGCUCCUCAGUCCUCUUUCCUCCUUGAUCUUCCUUUCUCUGCUCCUGCCUGUCUUUUUCACUUUUUCUCCUUGAGAAGUUAUCUCUGUGUGAUUGUGGUUUUCCUUCUCCUUCAGCAAUUUCUCCUGCAAUCAUUAGUUUCAUUCUGUGUUUAGCUACUUUGUAGAAUCAGCUGUGUUUGCUGAUGUUUUAUGGACUUGGGAAUGAUGCUUAGGGAAUUCUUUUCAGCAUUAAAAAAUGCAGUUUGCCUUGGAUAGCUACCAGAUUUUUUCAAUAAAUCUGCAGGAGGGCUGGCCUAUUGGUGGGCAUAAUAAUGACUUUUUUACUCAUGUGAAAUAAAAUCAGAAUGUAAAAUAUGUACAGGGAACAGAAUUUAAUUUUGGGCUGAAUACUCUCCCACCACCCCAUCCCCAACAUCCGGGAUGAAGUGGACUUUCUAUCAGAGAAGGUGUCUGUGUGUUACCUGAAACGUGAGUCCUCCAACCCCAAUAUAGGUGGGUUUCAGCCACAAGGCAAGCAUGGACGUCCUGAACAUCACUGGUUUGAGCUGGGUCUCUUCUUGGGCACAGGAAACAGGUGGCAGAGGGGGGCAUGCUGGAGAUCCUCCUUCUCAGCAGUAGAAGCCAGAUGUCCUCCAAAGUCAGGAACUGAGAAGUCAAAUGCCAGGCAGCAAGGUCAGGUCAGGUCAGGGACGACAAGGAGAAAAGAUGUUUCCCUGAUGGGGUCAAUGU